AUGUUCACAAAAAAGGAAGGAGAGAUUUCACACAAAAAAAAAAAUCGAGUCCUGAAAGUUCUUACCAGGGAUGGAGAGCUAGGACAAGAUGGUAUCGUCAUACCUAGUCCCGAACCGGCCCGUUGCCUUAGGUGUAUGGAAAACCACGACAAAGCCCAGCUUCAAAGUUUUCUCAAAACUCUUCCCCCUGUUGAGUUCUGCUGUGUCUAUGGCUCAUCUCUCCACCCCAACAAUCCUGGCAGUGCAAAGUCAACCAUGGUAGAUUGCAUUCUUGGUGUAUCAAAUCCCCAACAAUGGCAUUCCGAGAAUCUGACAUUGAACAACGAUCAUUAUGCCGCGUGGAUGGUGCUUCUUGGUGGGGCAAGACUGAUUACUGACGUUGCAGAUGAAAUUGGUGUAGGAGUGCACUUCAAUCCUUUUGUUAGCUGGGACGACAAGAUGUUCAAGUAUGGGGUUGUUCGCAUGCACGACUUGGUUCAGGACAUACUAAAUUGGGAGAGGUUCUAUUUGAGCGGCCGAUUACAAAAACCAGUUCAUGUACUUUUGGAUAAUCUGGAUGUCACAAAUGUGAACUCGGUUAAUUUGAGGGCUGCAAUGUCUGCAGCUCUCCUUCUUUUGCCGUCCAAGUUCACUGAGGAAGAACUGUAUGCCAAAAUAUGUAGCCUCUCGUAUAUGGGCGACUUGCGUAUGCUUUUUGCAGAGGACAGAAAUAAGGUGAAGAAAAUAGUACAAGGGCAAUUUGAAUUGUUCCGUUCGAUGUAUAAGCCAUUUAUUGAAGAGUACGAGACCAAAGAGUUGUUGAGACGCUCAUUAUCUGGGAAUACUCAACCAAUCAUAUCUCAGGAUGGCGGUUUAUCAGCAGCUCAAUCUCUCGUUUCUUCUCUGCCCCCCAAUGGUCAGAAGCCAAAUGGCGAUGAAGCUAGGAGAAAAGAAAGUCGAGUUAUUCAGGAAAUUGUGAUUGGCUCCAAAGACGAGGCUGCUAAAUGCAUGCAGACUGUUCUGCAGCGAAAGGUCAUGGUUUCAAGUGCAAGACAGGCCGUGUCUGGUCUCCUGGCUGCUGGUGGCAUUACUGCCAUGAGAUAUGUUGGUGCUAAAAUGAGCAAGGCUUGGAAAUCCUGGAGAUGA